AUGGCAUCCGGCGUCAACGAAUGGUUGAACGGCGUAGAGGAGGUCGAAGGGAGUUCUGUAGACAAGUUCCCGGACUCGUCCUCGUUCUGUGGCGGUGGUGGAAGGCCGCCGGACUUGGCGGAGCUCCGGAUGGACGCGACGCUCGCGGACAUCGCGCUCCAGAACGGCAGCAGCGAGUUAGUUACUCCGCGAGCAGUUCCGCGAGAGAGAGUGAGGGAGGAGUGCCCAUAUGAUCAUAUGAUGGGGCUUCGGACGAGGGGAAACUGGGCGUCACGGGGGCGGGUUUUAUAG